AUUGCCGUUUCUGAGUGGAAUAGGUUAGGAUAGAAACAUUUAAAAAACUUCAACGUAUUGAUCAGUAAUCUUAAACUUGUGAUAAUAAUAUAUAAUAAAUUAAUGUGUAAUGAUGUGAUUUUUUUUUCUAAUGAAUGUUGUUUUAAUAUUUUCUACAACAACUUUAGUAUUAUUACAUAACUGAAAACUUUUUUGUGUUAUAUUUAAAUGCUCAGUAUCAAGCUAACUGUUUUUUAUUAGACAAAAUUUUUAAGUUUUUUAAGAUGGAAAUCGAACAGUUAGUUUAUGAAACAUUAUUGCAAGCUAGCAGUCAACACCCUGACAUGUUAAAACCAGCCGAACAAAAAUUAAAAGAAUGGGAAAUAGAACCUGGGUUUUAUUCAGUUUUGUUUAGAAUAUUUUCUAAUCAGUCAUUGGAUAUCAAUGUGAGAUGGAUGGCAAUCUUAUGUUUCAAACAAGGCGUUGAAAAAUAUUGGAGAAAAAAUGUUAAUAAUGCUAUUUCUGAUAGUGAAAAAGAUAAUCUUAGGAAAAUGUUACUUACAAACUUAUCUGAACCAGUUCCUCGACUUGCAACCCAAGUCAGCGUAAUUAUUGGUAGAGUUGCUAGAUUAGAUUGGCCAUAUGAUUGGGAAGACUUAAUGCCAGAAUUAAUGGAACGUAUUAAAUAUGAUACUCAAAAUCGAGCGCUGUUGUCUAUGCAUCAUGUUGUCAAAUCUUUAUCGGGAAAAAGACUAUAUGAUAGUAUUCGAUUAUUUCAAAAUGCCUCUAGUCAACUCUUCCCUAAUUUUUAUAGUCAUUGGGAGCAAAGAACUAAUGAUUUCAUUAAUAAAAUGGAACAAGGUAAUGUGUCACCAGAAGUAGCAAAACUUUUAGAAGAUGCAUUUUAUACCCAAAAAAUAUUGUCAAAUUUCGUACUAUAUGGUUUUAAAUCACCAUAUCCCGACGAAGUUAAACAAUUUAUUUUAGCCGUAUUCAAUAAAGUUCGACCUAUAGUUGCUUGUCGUCUUUAUUUCCCAGAUUUAGUUGAAAAAUUUGUUUGUCGAAUGUUUAAAAUGCUUAUAACUAUUAUUGAAGAGCAUCCAGCUGAUUUUGUAGAUUUUAUACAACCAACUGUAGAACUUGCUUAUUUUUAUGGAUUUACUGUUGAUGGAAAUAAUGUUGUAUUUGAGAGAUACUUGAUACAACUAUUUAAUCUAACCAAGUUAAUAUUAAUUUGUCCUCAGUAUAAAUUACCUCGUACUAAUGGUCCAAUGUGUGAAAUUGAUGUGAUUCUGUCUAUUUUAUUUUUCUUAGAAAUCUCCAAAAGAAUAUCAGCUGUAGCUGUACAACAAAAAGCAUCAGUAUUUAAAUCAGACAGAUUAAUGAUCAUGUGCCAACAGUUAAUAUAUAAGUACUUUAUACUUACACCUUCUGAAUUGGAAAUAUGGGAUAAUGAUCCUGAGAUGUUUGCUACUGAUGAAGUGGGAGAGUAUUGGAAGUAUAAUUUAAAGGCAUGUACUGAAUCUCUCUUCAUGUCAUUAUUUCAUGAAUUUAGAGAAUUAUUGACUCCUAGAUUAGCAGCUACCAUAGAAUCUAAUAGAGAUUUUGUGGAUCCAACCAAUUUGGAAGCCGUUUUAAAAAAAGAUGCUAUUUAUAAUGCAUUUGGAUUAACAGCUUUUGAAAUGUUUGAUAUUAUCAAUUUUGAUGAUUGGUUUAAUACAACACUACGUCAAGAACUGAUGGAAACUCGGGGGCACUCUCGUGUUUUAAAAAGACGUGUUGCAUGGCUUAUUGGACAGUGGCUUACUGUAAGGUUGAAUCCAGAGUACAGGCCAGAGCUUUACAAUAUUUUGAUUGGAUUGUUAAGUCCAGAACAAGAUAUGGCUGUUCGUUUAGCAGCUACAUCAACUUUAAGAUGUGCUAUUGAUGAUUUUGAUUUUAGUUCUGAACAUUUUAUAGAAUAUCUAGAACCAAUGGCAUAUUCACUUUACAAACUUUUAAUCAGUGUUCGAGAAUGUGAUACAAAGUUAAAUGUUUUACAUGUGAUGUCUUUUAUGGUAGAACGUUUAGGUCCUAUGGUAGAGCCAUAUUUUGACUCAUUACUUCAAUAUUUACCUAAACUAUGGACCGAAUCUGACGAUCAUCAUAUGCUUCGUUGUGCUAUUAUAUCUACAUUAACACAAAUUGUUCGAGCGAUUCGAACAAAAAGUUCAGAACUCACACCAUUUUUAGUUCCUAUUAUUCGAUAUAGUGUUGAUAUCAAAGAAAAAGCUUAUAUAUACUUGCAAGAAGAUGGUCUAGAACUUUUACUUUCUUAUAUUGAAUCAUGUUCGACUUAUAAUGUUGAAAUGCUUAGCUUAAUAAAUUAUCUUCUUCCUUUAUUAGAUUAUUCUACUGAACAUUUGAAAACUGGUUUAAUGAUUCUUGAAGCAUAUGUAUUGAUUGCACCAGAAAGAGUUAUGUCUGAGUAUGGUACUCAAAUAUUUAAUUUAACUACUACAUUAAUGAAUGAUCUAAAAGAUGAAGGAAUAGUUUGUAUUUUAUCAUUGUAUGAAACAAUUGUAAAAGUCAAUCUUCCACAAACUAUUGAAUUGAUGAUGGCUGUAUUAGGACAAAACUUAAAGUCUUUAUGUUCUGGUGAAAUUGGUAUAUCAGUCAAUAGUUGUCGAUUAUCAUUAAUUUCUAGAGUGAUAUUAAAUGAUCCUAACAUUUUUAUACAAGUUGUAGAACACUUGUGUAUGCAAGAAAAUGGAAACCUAAUAAAUUUUGAUAAAAUUUUAUACAGAAUUAUUGAAGUUUGGUUAGAACGUAUGAAUCAAAUAACUCAAAAUGAUAAAAGAAAAUUGUUAGGUUUAGCUCUAGCAUCUCUUUUAACUUGUCAGAAAAAACCCAUUUUAGAAUUGUUUAAAGGAAUUAUUACAAUUUGUGUUGAAAUUUUAAAUGACAUAAUGAGAAAAACUGACGAUGGAGUAUACACAGACUCUAUGUUAAUGACUGAUGAUUGUUCCAAUGUUAGUUCUCGUGCUAAUUCUGAAUGUGAAUAUCAGUAUGAAACUGAACACAAUGAAAGACAAAGAUGUCUCUCUUUAAAAGAUCCUGUACAUUGCAUUGCAUUCCACAAAUAUUUGCAGACUCAAUUGCUUACAUUACAAAAUCAAAUUGGAGAACAAUUUCAACAUUCACUUAUUUCUAGGAUUGACAAAGAUAUAUUAGAACAAUUAUAUGUCUAUAUGUAAUAGUUAUUAGUUGUCUUUUUUCAGACUACCAAUGAAACUAUUAGAUACUUUUAGAUUAUGUUUUAGUCAAUAACAUAUUAAUGAAAUAACUCCCAUUAAUUUUCUUACUGUAAACAUGAAUCACUAUAAAAUUUUAUUAAUAGCUAGCUAAUUUUAUAGGUAUCAAAAUAAAAACACUAAUAAUUAAAAAUUAAGCAUUAAUUAAAGUAUACUAUUAAUG